CCCAGCCCGAGCGCCCCGAGCCUCCCUUCUACCCCCGGGCCGGAGCGUGAGCCCCGUGGGCGCCCGCCGCGCCCCAGCUCGGCCACGGCGCGCAUGCGCGGCCGGGCGAGGGGGAGGGGCGCGAGGCGCGGGCGACCGGGUGCCGGGCCGAGACCCGGGGCCGCGCGGUGGGAGGGCGCCGCGGACGGGGUGGGUGGGCGGCGCUGGCGUCUGGGACGGCGACGCGGGGCCCGCAGCCGAGCGCGCUGGGGUGAGCACGGAGCGGAGUCCGCGGCGCUUUGCGAGUGGAAAGUUUCGCGCGUGGAGUUCGUAUGGCUGUAGGAGGCCUCCUCACUGGAGAGGCAGAGUCCUUGUGUGGCCCCCUGCCUUGCACACAGCCUGUGCCCUCGGGAGUGCAGCUUGCAGGCUACAGCAGUGCCCUUCUAGACCCAUCUGCUUCUGCCCAGUCUCUGGGCCCUCCAGACCUACCUCAAUUCAGUCCCCACACUCUGCUACCUGCUGCACUCUCCCACAGUGGUAUCCAUGGGCUCUGCAGACCACCGGUUUAACCUCGCAGAGCUCUUGUCACAGAACUACAGCCUCCGAGAGGGCUGUGCUGAGGCCCCGCAGUGCCCUGACAAGCCGGAGGACCAGCUGGACAAGGACUUCAUCGCGCAGAGCAGUGACAUGCCCCUGGAUGAGCUGCUUGCACUGUAUGGGUACGAGGCAUCAGACCCUAUCUCUGAGCAGGAGAGCAAGGGUGGAGACGCAGCCCCAACCCUCCCGGACAUGACCUUGGACAAGGAGCAGAUAGCCAAGGACUUGCUUUCUGGGGAAGAGGAGGAAGAGACGCAGUCCUCCGCUGAUGACCUUACCCCAUCUGUCACCUCCCACGAGGCCUCGGACCUCUUCCGUAACCAGACUCGGUUCUUGGCUGGUGAUAAUGGCCCAGGCUCUUCGGUCUCCUCCGACACUGAGGAGGACACGCUUCCUGCCAACAAGUGCAAGAAGGAGAUCAUGGUGGGGCCUCAGUUCCAGGCUGACCUCAACAUCCUGCACUUGAGCCGACAUUGCGACAAGAUCUAUGAGAAUGAAGACCAGCUGCUGUGGAGCCCCAGCGUGCUCCCGGAGCGGGAGGUGGAAGAGUUCCUGUACAGAGCAGUGAAGCGGAGGUGGCAGGAGAUGGCUGGCCCCCAGAUCCCAGAGGGCGAGGUGGUUAAGGACAGUGAACAGGCGCUGUACGAGCUGGUGAAGUGUAAUUUCAACGUGGAGGAGGCCCUGCGCAGACUGAGGUUCAACGUAAAAGUGAUCAGAGAUGGGCUCUGCGCCUGGAGUGAGGAAGAGUGCAGGAACUUUGAACAUGGCUUCCGUGUUCACGGGAAGAACUUUCACCUGAUCCAGGCCAACAAGGUGCGCACGCGGUCAGUGGGCGAGUGUGUGGAGUAUUACUACCUGUGGAAGAAAUCUGAGCGUUAUGAUUACUUUGCCCAGCAGACGCGGCUGGGCCGGAGAAAGUUCGUCUCCUCUGGAAUCACGGAUGGUGAGCAGGACCUGGAUGGCCUUGACCCCGAUGGCCCUGCCCGGUUGCGCCCUGAGCAGGAGUCUGAGGCAGGGGUGCCCAUAGAACUACCGAGUGUGGACAUUGCAGCUGGUGGUCUCGAUCAGCCCGGAGUGGGCUCAGCUGAGCUCCCAUCCUCAGAGCCAAAACCAUGUUCGUUCCAGCCUCUGGAGGAGCCCCCUGCUGUGGCCUCACUCCAGCAGCCCAGCAGCCUGGCUGUCCCGGCUGAACUCCCACUGGUGGUGGCUGCUGCCACUGCCACUCCUGCUCCAGAGCCGGGCACCAGCCCCAGACUAGCUGUGGACCUUGCCCUACCUGAGGAACUGCCCCUUGUGUCCAGCCCUGUGGAUCUGAGCGAGGAUACUGCAGAGCCCAUGGCUCCAGCACAGAUGGCCUUGUCAGUCACUGAAUUUGGACUCAUUGGCAUUGGAGAUGUGAACCCCUUCCUAACUGGCCACCCCACGUGCCCAGCCUCCACACUGCGCUCGGAGCCUUUGUCACAGUGCAAUGUGAUGACCUGUUGACCCCUGGUCAUCUGUGGGCACGUGCGCUCAGAAUGGACAUGGCAGCACUGCCAGGCCUGCCCGUCAGUCUUCCUGACCCCUCCCCCGCAGGCCUGCGUGGUGCCUCCUUUGCUUCAGAACAUGAUGGGACUCAGUGAAGUGGUCAGGGCCACACAGACCACAGACCUCAGCAUCCAGUACCGCCACAGCCCCUGGCUGCUACCAUGCCAUGGAGUCACCCUGGAACUGGGCUCAGAGAGGGCCCAUCCCCACGUGGACCCAGCGAUGGGCCUCAGACUGCAGGGGCUGGGCAGACUCAUUAUGAACCAGCAGCCUCUGCCCAGGCGCCCUCCACAGGCCAACUCCUUCCCCACCUCAGCGGGGUUGUGGCCGCCAGCCUCUGCUCAGCGUGGGACCCUGGGGCACAGAGCCAUAUACCUCGCCCUGUGGCCGCCCUUUCUCAGCCCUUUGCCGUCUCCACUUCAGGAAAAGCCGCACUUUAUACCCCACUGCCUCCUGCCCGCACCCCUCCCCUGUGCUGAGGUGGGGCCUCAGCAGCCCUGGUGGUCCGUUCCCUUCCUGCCCCUCUCCUUGGGGCACCUUUGGGUACCGCUCUGGAAGCACCACCCUGCAGUCCUCCUGUCCUGAGGGUCUCAUUUCUUUGGAGGCUCCUAGCAGGGUGGCUGGGUCCGUCCGUCUCGUCCUCGGCCUCCCUCGUUUUAUUUAUGUUGGUGUUUACAAUUUGGAGUGGGGUCCCUGGGCAGGCAGCUCCGCCCGGUGUUGGCAGAGCGGUGCUGUUUGAGCCUGUGUGGCUGGAAUGGACCGUCCCUCGCCCCACCGAGGACACUGUGAUGUGAGACUGCCUUUGCCCAACUCUAUUUUAUUUAUUAAACUUGAUUUGAAGCCUG